GCUUUGCUGCCAUCCAUCCCCUCGAUGGGCAUCUGCAGUUUUUCUCCUCCUUCUCCCUUUCACACUCCCCCCCGAGUAAACAAACCUCUUCACUCGUCACCUUUUCUCACCUCUCUCUCACUUGUUAAAUAAGUUCUCGAUACCAAAGUCGUCUUUGACGUAUAACGCCAGCGCCUUUCAUAAUGUCGGUCGUCUCUCUUCUUGGGGUUAAGAUCCUUAACAACCCGGCUACUUUCCUCGACCCUUAUCGAUUCGAGAUCACCUUUGAGUGUCUCGAACAGCUUCAAAAAGAUUUGGAAUGGAAGCUCACCUACGUCGGUUCCGCAACCUCGUCUGAAUAUGACCAAGAACUCGAUUCUCUUCUUGUCGGACCCAUCCCAGUCGGUGUCAACAAAUUCAUUUUCGAAGCCGACCCGCCAGACCUUAAGCGAAUCCCCACGUCGGAAAUCCUUGGAGUGACUGUGAUCCUUCUUACCUGCAGCUACGAUGGUAGAGAGUUCGUUCGUGUUGGAUACUACGUCAAUAAUGAAUAUGAUUCAGAGGAGCUCAGCCAAGAGCCCCCGGCGAAGCCAAUCAUCGAGCGAAUCCGCCGGAAUAUCCUUGCUGAAAAGCCAAGAGUGACAAGAUUCGCAAUUAAAUGGGACUCCGAGGAGUCUGCUCCAGCCGAAUACCCCCCAGACCAGCCCGAGGCCGACAUCUUGGACGAUGACAGUGGCGCAUAUGGUGCCGAAGAAGUUGAACUUGAGGCUGCUCUGGUCAAAGAGCUCGAAACCUCGAAUACCCAGGAGCAGGAGCCCAAGGGCGAAGACCACGAGAUGGAAGGAGCUGAGCCAGCCGCUGGCAAGGAAGAGGAGGAGGAAGAGAUCUCUGAUGCAGACAGCGAGGAUAUUGAGGAUGAAAGUGACGAUGACGAUGACGAUCUCGAAGAGGAAGAGGGUGGAGAACCCGAUGAGGAUGUCGAAAUGGGCGAUGACAACGACCAGAAGCCCAAUAACGCCCCCCAGCAGCAACAACAGCCUGAGGUUAUGGUCCACUAAAUGGAUUGAGCUACGGCCAGUAUAGUUAUCGAUCUGGGAUUUUGGUAUUAUUCUUUACGGUCAUUUUGAUUCCGAAUGAUUUUACGACUGGGUUGCAACGUUUCAUGACACCAGGACUUAUCCGCCAUAUCUUCAAAGUUAGCAGCAUUUAGUUUUUAUGAUAUAGAAAAGAGCAUAAUUUGAUAUCGCAACAUUUGUUCACAG